GCGGGGGGAGUACUUUGUCGACCGCGACGCCCCCCUCUUACAACAGUAACGGAUAAAAUGGCGUCCGAAAACAGCUCUGAAUCUCAAGAUGAGAAAGCAGCUCUUAUAAACCCGGACUCAGAGCAAGAUGUUCAUCAGGAGUGCGGCACAGUCGUAAAACAGCGCGAAUCCAAACUGACGCUGUAUCACUGGACGCAGUCGUUCAACUCUCAGAAGGUGCGUCUCGCCAUAGCAGAGAAAAGUUUGCACUGUGAAGAGUACGACGUGAGCCUUCCUCUCAGCGAGCACAACGAGCCGUGGUUCAUGCGCCUGAAUCCGGGUGGCGAGGUUCCAGUCUUAGUUCACAAUGACAAUGUCAUCUGUGACCCAACGCAGAUCAUGGACUACCUGGAGCAGAACUUCAAUGAUGAGGGCACUCCGAGGCUGGUCCCAGAAGAGGGCAGUACCUACCACCUAAGAGUGCAGCACUACAGAGAGCUGCUGGACUCACUACCCAUGGAUGCCUACACCCAUGGCUGCCUACUGCACCCUGAAAUCACUGUGGACUCCCAUAUACCAGCAUAUGCUGCCACAUGUGUACGAACACAGAUCGGAAGCACACAGUCAGAGCUGAUGAAACUGGCAGAGCAGAACCCAGAGCUUAAAGACGCUUAUAUAGCAAAACAAAAGCGCCUGAAAUCCAAGUUAUUUGACCAUGACAACAUGAAGUACCUGAAGAAGCUUCUUGAUGAACUGGAAAGCGUGAUGGAUCAGGUUGAGACAGAGCUACAGAGAAGGGUGGAAGAAACACCAGAAGAAGGCAGCCAGCCCUGGUUGUGCGGUGACUUCUUCAGCUUGGCCGACGUCUCCCUGGCAGUCACCUUACACCGGCUGAAGUUUCUCGGCCUCUCUCGUCGCUACUGGGGCAACGGUAACCGCGUCAACGUGGAAACAUACUACGAACGUGUGGUGGAGCGCCCGGCCUUCAGGAGAGUACUGGGCCACGUCAACAACAUCCUGAUCUCUGCUGUCCUUCCCGUGGCCUUUCGCGUGGCCAGGAAGAAUGCACCGGCUAUUGUUGGUACCACUCUGUUGAUAGGCGUUCUAGGAGGAGCCACAUACCUCGCUUUUCUUUACAUGAAGAAGAGGCUGACUGCCUUCAGCUGAGGGAAAGUGAAGUGGUUUGAGACCAAAGUGGGGUUUAAACAAACUCAAAGUGUCUAACUCUAUAACACCCAGCAUACGAGCAAUUAAUAAACAUAUGUUGCCUGAAAUUGUUUUUUUGGGAUGCUGGUUGCACAAAACACGCUGCUGCAUCACGCAUGUUUUGUCAUUAAUCAAAGGUGCCACAUCUGAUGAGUAUGCAUCUGGAUAGCACUCUGCAUAUUCACCAGCAACGAUUUGGUAGGCGGUAUGAAAAGUAUGCCAAUAUAUACGAAUGCUAAAGUAGGUGGCCUGAAACAGAUAAUAAUGGAAAUAUUAUUGGGUCUUGCAUCAAAAAGGCCAUUUUAAUGGGCAGAUUGUUUUUACAGCACAUGUGGCUGCACAUGAAUGCGCCAUCCCUCUUUGGAAGAAUCUGGAUCGUCCAAUCAUAACACAGCAGUGACGCAAAUAUUAGGAAAUACGAGUAGACUUUCAUACUGUAGUUAAAGUGAUGAAAGAAAUUACUAUCUGAAAGCAACAUAUUUAUAAAUCCUGCAUAAAAGGCAUACUUGAUAUAUAUUAAUGAACUAAGAUGUUCACAAGCGCUGAAUAAAGACAUCAUUGUGUGUAUUUUUUAAAAUUAAGGAUCAGUUUUGCUUAACGUGUGCUUUUCAUUUGUUGUUUAAUCAAUGCCAAUAUAUGCAUGUUAGGAAAAUAAAAUAAAGUAAAAUCUCUGUGGGCAACUUUUUCAAAUCUACAUAGGAGGCUGUCUACUUUUUAGGAAAGCUCAUUUUCACUGUAUCCCCUGCCUUCACAUCUGCAUAUGUUUUUCUGUAUAAAUUAUGCUUCCGUGUUUGAUAGAUUCACCGUGUAACAAUGGUCGAAUGAGUACCGUUACAGUCAAUAUGCAGACCAUCCUGUCCAACAUCUGUCUAAAAUUAAACUGCUCCCAAACGAC